GGGGUUCUAUAACCCCACCAAGUAAAAUCAUCCUCAGCCUCACCCUGUCCCUGCUCGCUGUCAUGACAAUGGUUAUCAACUCCCUGGUGAUCACAGCCAUCAUCGUAACCAGAAAGUUACAUCACCCGGCCAACUAUCUGAUCUGCUCUCUGGCGGUGACGGACCUGCUGGUGGCCAUCUUGGUCAUGCCCUUCAGCAUCCUCUACAUACAGAGGGAAAGCUGGGUGAUGGGAGAGGCUGUGUGUAAUGUUUGGCUGAGUGUUGACAUCACCUGCUGCACUUGUUCCAUCCUCCACCUGGCAGCCAUCGCUCUGGACCGCUACUGGGCCAUCACUGACGCAGUGGAGUACUCACGCAAACGCACCGGCAUCCGAGCUGGCAUCACUGUCGCCGUAGUCUGGUUCCUGUCCGUCCUCAUAUCCCUUCCCCCUCUGCUGUGGAGGAACCAUGGUGGGGGGCCAGAGGAGGACCAGUGUCUGAUAACGCACCACCAUAUCGCCUUUACCCUCUACUCCACUUUGGGAGCCUUCUAUAUUCCCCUGCUCCUCAUCCUCAUCCUCUACUAUAAGAUAUACAGAGCAGCUCAGACUCUGUUCCUCCGCAGGGGGGCCAGCAGAGCCAGCCAACACUCCUCCAUGGUCAACGGAACCACCCUCCCCUCCUGCCCCACUGACGGAGACCCCCAGAACCCCCCGGAAAAGUCCUACUCAGACCCCUCCACGGAGGGCGACCGCGUGCGCAUUGCCGUAAAAAGUCCCCAGAGCGAGUCGAGGCGGGAGCGUGAGUGUUCGUUGAGACGGCAGCGUAUCUCAGGGACCAGGGAGCGACGUGCUGCGUCUACGUUAGGACUGAUACUGGGGGCCUUCGUGGUCUGCUGGAUGCCUUUCUUCCUGAAGGAGGUGAUCGUCAACACGUGUGGCUCCUGCAGCACCUCCAUGGAGCUGGCUGACUUCCUCACCUGGCUGGGGUACCUCAACUCCCUUAUCAACCCUCUCAUCUACACUAUCUUCAACGAAGACUUUAAGAAGGCCUUCCAGAGACUGGUCAGGUGUAGGCUUCGCCUCUGACACAGGCAGAGAGGACACACAUUUGUAUUUUAUUUAACCUUUAUUUAGGCAGGGGGGAGUCCCAUUUAGACAAAGGUACCUCAAACAUACAAUUAUCUGUAGGGUCCCUAAGUCGAACAGUGAAUAUCAAACACAGAUUCAACCACAAAGACCAGGGAGGUUUUCCAAUGUCUCGCAAAGAAGGGCACCUAUUGGUAGAAAAUGACAUUGAAUAUCCAUUUGAGCAUGGUGAAGUUAUUAAUUACAGUUUGGAGGGUGUAUCAAUACACCCAGUCACUACAAAGAUACAGGCGUCCUUCAUAACUCAGUUGCCGGAGAGGAAGGAAACCGCGAUUUCACCACAAGGUCAAUGCUGACUUUUAAACAGUUACAGAGUUUAAAGGUGAAAUAUUCAGAAAUCACUCCGCCAUUUCCUGGUUGCUAAAAUUCUAAUACUUCGCCUAAUUUUAGUUUGUGACAAAACAAGCAAUUUAUAGCGUAGAGAAUCAUUGCACCAUCUAAACCGCUGUGAAAAAUCUUUACAAUAACCAAAAUAUUGUAUUUUCAACUGUUUGAAGCUGGUGUACAUAAAAAGUAAAAGACGCAAAAACGAUACUUAAGAACGGGAAGCAUAGAAAUAGAACACAGAACAGAUCUACCGCUUCUUACAUUUGCGUUCAAUGAGAAUGACAGUCUAUAACUCACAUUUCUAUGUGCAAAACCAUAAUGACAAACUAAGUAUCAACCCCCUGAGUCAAUACAUGUUAGAAUCAACUUUGGCAGCAAUUACAUCAGUGACUCUUUCUGGGUAAGUCUCAGAGAGCUUUGCACACCUGGAUUGUACAAUAUUUGCACGUUCUUAAAAAAAGUAUUCAAGCUCUGUCAAGUUGGUUGUUGAUCAUUGCUAGACAGUCAUUUUCAAGUCUAGUCAUAUAUUUUCAAGUCGAUUUAAGUCAAAACUAUAACUAGGCCACUCAGGAACAUUCAAUGGCGUCUUGGUAAGCAACUCCAGUGUA